AUGCGAACUGAGGAUUUCUCGCCUUUACCAUACAUUGCAGCCGCUCAAAACUGCAUGCUGUGGGUUUUCUACGGCCGUCCUUGCGCGAAGCCCAACAACAUACUCGUGGCCACCGUCAACGGGGUUGGGCUAUUCCUCGAGAUCAUCUAUCUCACAAUCUACUUCAUCUACACCCGCGAAAAGCAAAGAUUGUAUGUGCUCAAGUUCAUGGCUGUCGAGCUGGUGUUAAUGGUCAUCGUUGUUACGGUCACACUCACCUGCGUGCACACUCACACGAAGCGGACUCUGAUUGUCGGCAUCUUGGCUUGUAUCUUCAAUGCCUACAUGUACGCUUCGCCGCUUUCUGUAAUGACUCGGAGUAUACAGACUCGGAGUGUGAAAUACAUGCCGUUCUAUCUCUCGUUGGCUGGCUUCCUCAACGGUCUUUGUUGGAUGGCUUAUGCUCUCAUAAAAUUGGACUUCUUCAUUGCGGUUCCAAAUGGGCUGGGUGCAUUGGUUGGUGCAGUCCAGUUGAUUUUGUAUGGUUGCUAUUACAACUCAACGAUGUGGUAUGAGGAUGAUCAGAAGCCCAAGUCAGAGGUGCAGCUUCAAGCACCAGCGUCUACAAUUGCCCCCGGCGGUGGAUCAUCUGAGUUUCAUUCUAUUACCAUGUCAUCCAAAUGAUCAUGAUUGGACCAUCCAUCAUCAGUGCACCACUUUCAUCGCUUCGGAUUGCAUUUGUUACUUUCGGUUGUUUGUUUUUACAUCCGUUCAUUUAGUGGACCUUUCUCUUUGUAAGAAGUAUGAUGUGUGGAUGAUGUUGAAAAUUUUCAAUAAUACCACCGUGGACAAAAGGGUUAGAUAGUCCCUCAUUGGGCCCCACAUAGAAAUGAUCACAACAUCUUAAGUUGUAUUAUUUACAAUAGUCUUCACUC